AUGGCCUUCAGCCAGCUGAAAUUCAAGGAGCUGGGCGAGGAGGAGCCCACCUGGGAGGAGGAGAACCUGGAGAGCGUGAAGGCGCUGACGGCCAAGCUGAAGCUGCAGACGCGCAGACCCUCGUACCUGGAGUGGGAGGCGAGGGUCAGGGGGCAGCGCUGGGGGGCUCGGACCCCCGGGGACACCUUGGGGACACCGCCGAGCCCCGAGCACCCCCAGGAGCAGCGGGAUGGGCGAGUUUGUGGUUUUUCCACCGUGGAGGCGGCUCUGGAGUGGCUCAGGACGGAGCUGCGGGACAUGCAGGCUCUGGACCAGCGGCUGGCACAGCAGCUGAUGCGGCUGCGGGCUCGGCUGCACCGGCUGAAGGUGGAGCAGGCCUGCCACCAGCACAAGGAGAUGCUGGACGACGCCACCUUCGGCCUCGAGGGCUGCGAGGAAGACUCGGAUCUGCUGUGCACCAUCCCCCCCCGGGCCGCCUUCCUGCUCUCCACGCCGCUCAAGCACAUCGGGGUCACCCGCAUGAACAUCAAUUCCCGGAGAUUCUCCCUCUGCUGAGCGGCCCGGGGGCUCCGGGGCUCCGGG